GGUGGCUGAAAAAGCACCGCUUGUAUAUGUUUCCUCGGGAUAAAUAGCUGAUCAUUGAUCUGUACAAAGGUAUUCGUCAUGGCGAGGCAGUGGAGUCCAUGGAAAGGAGCAGAGCCCUGAGAGCCAGGGGACCUCAGGCUUCACCACACAUCCCAGAGGAGUUCCCAGGUUCCCAUGUGACCGAGAACAAGAUGAGGCUUCUGAAACGCUUGCCAGCACACAGGCGGUGGUUGGCACUGGCUGUGGUUUUAGGUUUGCUGUGUGUGGCGAUUCUGUCUCUGCCUCUGAGAGAGACGGAGACGAGCGCGCCUGUGGACUGGCAUGUCAACCAUGCGCAUAAAAAGCAAGUGCAUGAGCACGUGCGCAGAGUUCUGGAGGGUCAGUGUCGGCCCAGCAGCACCAGGCACAGCUUGUUAGCUCGACUCCCCGCCUCAAGUCGCAUGACCCAGGCCUUUCUGUGGAAGGACCUGCCGCUCCCCGACGACAUCUUCCAGUACCCGCCUCCCUUUGGCUUCAGAGGGCUUCAGCACAAAGCAGAGGAGCUGCUGAAGAUGCUGCCGGACUCGGAGUCUUUUCCCCUGCCGAAAAACACCUCAGAGAAAUGUCGGCGCUGUGUGGUCAUGGGAAAUGGAGGCAUUCUCAGAGGCCUGGAGCUGGGGACACUCAUCGACCGCUUUGACACCAUUAUCAGGUUGAACAGCGGCCCUCUGGGAGAGUUCAGUAUUGACGUGGGGAAUCGGACCAGCAUCAGGAUGAGUUACCCAGAAGGCACCCCGCUCCACUGGAUAGACACAGACCCACACACUCUGUUUGUAGCGGUGGUGUAUAAAGGUGUGGACGUCAGCUGGAUCUCUGCUAUGAUCAGCAAGCUCUCCGUGUCUCUGUGGGACUGGCUCUUCUUCUGGCAGAAGGUUCCGGAUCAUAUCCCUCUGGAGCGGCACAGAUUCAGACUCCUGAACCCUCUCGUCAUCAGGGAGACGGCUCUGGACCUCCUGAAGUACCCUCCACCCAAACCCCGCCUGUGGGGAAAGGACCAGAAUGUGCCCACCAUGGGGGUCUCUGCACUGAACUUGGCCAGCCUGCUGUGUGACGAGGUGAGCCUGGCAGGCUUCGGCUACAACCUCUCCCAGCAGGGGGCGCCGCUGCACUACUUCGACCAGCUGCCCAUGAGCGCCAUGCUGCGGCAGACCACUCACAACGUGGACCGGGAGACCCAGCUCCUUCAGAAGCUCGUCAGGGAGGGGGCCGUCACCGACCUGACGGGGGGGGUACACUGCUCCUUCUGCCCCAGCUGAACACUUUUCACCUAGAAACGUGUGAGAAGCCAGGAAGAAAAUAACAUUUAGGUGAGAAAAACUUGAAAGAUGGGAAUAAAUCUAGUCCUAUAUAUGUGAAUUUGUCAUUAAGUGCUUUAUACAGAAGCCCUGAGAGGCAAAUAAUAAAACAAAUGUAGUUACACAUUUUCUCUGUCCGAUCUUAAUUGUGUUUAUGACUUGAUAACCUGAAGAAAAAAGGUAUGGCUAAAAAACUCUUUCUUAAAAAAAUAAUUAGGGAAUUUGUUGAACAAAAUAUAAGUCACUGUAAAUGAGAGCCUUCUGAAAACAUCAGUCAUGUUGUUAUGAUACUGUUAAUGCAUAGACAACUCAUGCACAUUUGAAAUUAAGAAGGUUUCAAUAUGUAUUACUACUGUCUUAUUUUUGUCAUAAUAGUUCCCUAAGUACUCUGAGGUCAAAUGAUGCUAUCAAAGCAUCUUCCACAGAGUUAGUGGUACAUUGCAUUUUAAGGAGGUAAAGCUUAUUAUGUAUUAAUGGUAACACUUUAACACAUAGAUCUGUAUUCAUAGUUACAGUUUACUUUUUGAAGGGUUUGAAAAAAUGUGAAUUAACUAUAUUUAUCAGCACAUCGACAACAUUCCACUGUAAAUUAGCAACUAUACAAUUCCUUUGUUGGUUCUGUCUGUGGUUUUAUUUAGGAGUUGAAAUGUUUCACACCUGCAUUUAAAUUGUAUUCUACUUAUGUGUGCACUGUAAACAUUCCUUUCAUUUAUGUUGUCACUAUUCUGUUCUUACUUUGUCUCAUUUUGAAAGACCUUGUCAUUUCGUAUGUCUUCAUUUACAUAUUGAAUAGACACAUCUCAUAUAGCUCAAAUCUGGAACAGUUAAUGAAAAAAAAGAAACUGUACAUAUUAAAAACAAUCUAAAUGUCAAUGUCACUGUAAAUGUUCACAUAUAGUUCUUUUUUAUACAAAAUGUUCUGUUAUUAUCAGUCUUAAUUUAUUGUUUUGUUUUUACACCUUGUUAUUAUUAAAAUAUACAUAUGGUGUUAAU